AUGGUCCUCCUGACCCCCAUCGACACUGAGCACCAAGCUCGAGGCUGCGGUCGAGCUCGGGCCAAUGACAUUUUCCGUCCCGUCCGGUGGACACGCAUCGCCACGCUGACCCACGAAGCUGCCAAGCUCUACGAACACGCUUCGAGUCACGGCAGCACAGCGAGCAGCGACUCGGACCCAAGUCGUCGUCGCCAAGUGUCGUACACUGUGCGAGCGGUGACAGUCCUGCGCGCGUCGCUGGCAGAAGUGGAGGCUGUUCUAACGGGCCGCCCGACGUCUCGACGCAGUCUUCUGACGUCAGCGAGGAGGAGACGGAAGACGAAGCAGGAGCCUGUGAAGCCGCCCCUUUUGACACGACUGUUGCCCCUCACGUUCGCCUCGGGCGGUCCAGUUGUCCAGUACCCGACUCUGGAACAUGCCAGCAGUGAACGGGAGACGGUUGGACUGCAGUAUGCUCGAGUGAAGCCAUUUCGAGGGUCCUGUCUGGACGAGCAGGGGAGUUUGAGUCUGAAGAGUGAGGUUGGUGAGGAGGAGAUAAAGCAGGAGGAAGACAGGAAGAAGUUGAAGUUGAAGACGAAGUUGACACUGAAGAAGAAGAAGAAGCCGAAGGUGGCGGAGGAGGAGGAGGAGCUCGUGCAGCUCGAGUCGGUGGAGAAUCACGUGUUGCUGGAGUACACGCUGUUGACUAAGUUGCAGCGUUCACGUAGGAACAAGAAAGCCACGUCGGACAGGUCGAGAUCGGAAGGAGAAGUGUCGGUGCCGUCACUCCUUCAUUUGUAUCGGUCCGUCCGUGCCCCGACGUUUGGGGAGCAAAGACCGGACUUUCAGCAAGAGAGACUGGCUCGAGACCAAGUGAGCAUCACGUAUAUUAUUCAGGACGUGGCCUUGUGUCCAACGGAUGUUGAUGAGAGCAGUGAGGGGUCUCAGAACGAAGUGGAGCAGAUGGUGACGCUGGAAGUCGUGCUGACGUGGUCGAUGGAGAUGCAAGCAGCAACUGAAGAGGAGAAAAAUGAAAACGUGGUGACAGAUGAGCUCAAGCAGCGACUUCGACACGAUGCACUUUGUUUGACUCGACUGCAGCCGUUGGUUGAUGAGUAUCGACAGGAGGAACACCGUCGUCGAUCGAGUUCGUCUAGGAGUCAGUUGCCAGAAGUGCAGCCCAAACCAAAAAUUAGUGACCCGCAUGUGCUGCGUGGGCACGUGUUUGCUCGCGGCCGGACGUGUGGUGUCUGCCAGCGAAAGUUCAAGCCGUUUGCGUGGAAACGGCACUGCGAGACGUGCGAGAAGCUCGUGUGUAACCAGUGCUUGUCAGUCGUCACUGCGUCGCCGCCACCUUCGCGACGCAAGAUACGUGUGUGCUCGCGAUGUCUGCACGGAGAUAAAGACGAUGUCGGUUCAUUGCUUCAAGCAGAAGCGGAGAUCGAGCAUGAUGCUGUAUCGAGCUCGGUCAGCAGCAGUGAUCUGGCUACACUUCACACAUCAAUUGAAAGUUCUACAGUUAAUGUUUCAAUGUGUCCAAGUUCGGAUCCGGAUGUCACAAUGCUGGAUCAAGUAGUAGUUCCUGGAACGCCAUCGAGGGUCUCCGGUCGUGUUCAGAUUGAUCUGGACUUGGAUCCUUCGCUCGUUGCAGCUUAUAUGAACACUUCGGAUCGAAGACGCGUUCGGCCACCGCAGUCGCAAGUAUUGCGAGAAGUUGUCGUGGGUCCAGUCUCUGAUGCCGGUGAUAGCGUCGUUGUUACACGGCGUAACAACCGACGGGUGGUACUGUUCAGUCAUCCGGAUGUGGAUGAAGGCAAGUCUGCUUCAGCCAAAUCCAUGUCGUUUCGUCGCACAAAGGUUGUACUUCUAGACGAAUCGCAGACGAAUCUUGCGGCUCGCAGACCCUUGGAUUUCAUCACACAUACCCUAUCUUCAGCGGCUAUGCAGCCGUUGUGCCUCGCAUCGAAAGAGAGUGACGACCACGAAAUCAUCUUGCAGGAGGCUGUUGGCUCUUGUGCAGACUCACUCACGAUGAUGCAAUUUGCUCAGCUCAAGACGCCCGAGCCGAAUUACGAGCUGGAUUUCAGCUGGUACAAUAUUUUCCCCAAGGCACCCGUUAAGCAGACUGCUGACGAGCUAGCUCGCGUGAGAUAUCUCGAAGUGACUGGUCUAAAGCUGGAUGCUUUCUCGCUUGUGUUCCUACGCUACGACAAGCGGUUAGAAGAGCUGGUACGCCAAGUGUUGAAAGUAGCCUCUCAGUGGCAUGCUUGCAGUGUCAAUAUUGUUGGGAGUUACGAGGUCUACUGUCUAGUGACGGCGUAUAACGCGUCCGAGCAAGUUCUUGGUGGUGACGGAUCGGAGCCAGCUGCAUAUCCAAUGCCGGUCGACGACGUCGUCCUUCGGGAGGAAAGCGUGAGUGCGUAUGCGGUGCACCACCAGUCUCCCUUCUUUGUAAGCGAGAUGAAGAACGAUAUUCGCUUCCAAGCCCACCCGCUUCACACUGAACAAGGAGCUGUGUCACUGCUGAGCUUUCCCAUUUACUCGUCUGGUGUCGGUAAUCGUGAUCCUCAGACUCAAGGCGAUGCUUACUGUGUCGCCACGUUGGACUUGUGGAGAUAUGGUCAUGUGCCAGCCAGCAGCCAUGUUUCUCCAGACUGGAUGAUUAGCGUAAAGAAUUAUUUAGACCAGAUCAGUGCUCGCCUGGAGGCUCUGGCUUUGGAGUCGCACGCAUUCGCGAUGCCUCGUGCUCGUGCUUAUCAUUCGCUCGGAUCUCUGCGUGAUGCCAAAGACAGCACUCGACGGGCAAACUCCGUCAUUGAUCGACACGGCAUUGGCAGCGAGUUCACAGUAGACGGAUCUCGGUCUUCUGAAGCAGAGACAAUGGAUCAACUCACGAACCUUUCAUACGUAAAGGUUUUGGGCCCUGGUUUGAGCGGCAUGACCAGUUCCGCGUCGUCAACUUGGAAGUACGACAGCGACAACGAGAGCACAACAUCCAGUCAAAGUGCCAGCAGUUCCUGCAGCCAGGGCUCGCGCUUUUCCUCCUACUACUUUUCAGCUGCAGAUAUGCACUCGACGAUUGAAUCGCUGUUGCAACAAGCUUCAAAGACUUCUCAAUUCAUCAGCGAGACGGGAGUAUCCAUCUAG